AUGGCCAUUGACAAUAAAGGGUCAUCAGAAAAAAUAAAUGGAAAAAUCUGGGUAUUCUUUGACGUUCUUGUACUGGAUGGGAAGACUCCAGAUGAUUUUGAAAUAAAAAAAAAAACAUAUUUACGAAUUUAUAUGUAUGGUACUGAUAAAAGAAAAACAGCUAUUAAGGCUGUCCAAGAUAAUAAUUACGAAACUACUUCAGAUAAUUUAUACUCAUUUUAUUCAUUUGCUCUUAAGAUUCAAGUUGAGUUCAAUGAUUCAGACUAUGAUUGGCAUUUUAUUAUGGAAAGAGCAUAUCAUAUCAACAUUCUCAAAUGGAUGUGGGAGCGAAUGACAGGAAAGGCAAAGUUUAUUGUAAAGCCUUCUGAGGAAGGCGAGAAGGAUCUGGAGGAGAAAGAAUAUAUGAGCAGUCCAAUUAAGAUCAAAAUUAGUGUGAAGGGAGAUUUUACUUCUAGCUUCCUUAAACUGCUAGGUUGUAUACCAAUUGAUGUCUGGGUGUGUCUCAAAAAACGUUUUCCUUGUUCUGAAAUCGAAAAGGAAAGCUCACUUAAAUUCUUCUUACAAAAAAAAAUGUAUGAAGUAGCUAAUUAUUGCAUUAUAGACGUAUUGCAUUGUCAGAAGCUAUUGGUAAAACUAAGUAUAAUUAAUGAUUAUAGAGAAGUUGCUUCUAUAGCUUAUGUAUCUCUUUUUGACGUACACUAUUACGCAAAUGGAAUAAAGAUACGACACCUCCUGAGCGCUUAUGCCGUUAAACGAGAUAUAAUUUUUAGCAUGAAGAUAUAUGAAAAUAUAAAAAAAGGAAAAUAUCCUGACACAUAUGUUUUUUUGCCUAAAAAAGGUAUUGAAAAGGAAAGGCCAGUAACUGGUCUAAAUUUUACAUUUUUAUAUCCUAGCCUUAUCAUGAUAUAUAACCUUUCUCCAGAAAAAUUUAUAUUAAGUUUAAAGGAUGCUGACAUAGCAUGA